AUGGACAUCAGAGAUCUUCUUGUCCGACAUGAGAAACUCGUUCACCUCAAUGAAGGGUCGAACAAGGACAGUAGCCGGCCGCGAAAGCCAUCGACGGCCGGCCCUGUCCAACAGAUAUCACCCGAAAGCCAAGUCGACACUGAGAUAGUGGGACUGUCUCGCACACAGCCUCCGCAUUACAGCACAGAGUCCAUGAAUUCGGUCGCGGUUCAUUCACUGGCACCAGACCCUCGCAUCAUGCCUGCUAGAGCGGCAGCCUGCAAUCUAGACCUCUUAUCCGAUGCUGCUACUCAAAUGGCCUCAGCUAACGAAGUGGGCUCGAUUCCACCCAUGAUGGCAGACAUGGGCCAACAGUCUGGAGGUCUAUCUCGCAUAAAGUCUUACGAGGAUGGAAUGGCAUAUGACAGAAGUCGAGAACAAGAGGCAAAUGCAAUGACCAUGGGAUUCCCUGGACAAGCUCUUCCGCCGGUUUUUGACGAUUACAACCUGUUCUUGGACGACUUCGCCUCGACAUCUCACUUCCUCCCCCAAGCCUUUGAAGUGGAUCAGAAUCUGGGCAUAUGGCCGGGCUUCCAGCGUGGCGCUCUUUCCAAACCCGCCUCACAAUUUCCAUCCCGUUUUCCGUCCGUACAGCCCGACCAAAGAGACGGACCAGAUGGCGUCGGCAGAGGACACGAUGACUCUGGAAGAUUGCUACCACUGAGGGUAUCUGCGAUGGACCACACCGUCAUCAAGAAUCGGUUGGAUGAGUUCUCCUCUGUUCUACCGAAUGAUUUUGUUUUCCCUUCGCGCCACACACUCACGAGGUUUCUUGAAGGCUAUGUGGGUGGCUUUCACGACCAUCUCCCGAUUCUACAUUUGCCCACCCUUACACCCGCAGAGGUCUCUCCGGAACUACUAUUGGCUAUCCUGGCCGUCGGAGCCCAGCACAGGUUCGAAAGCCACCGCAGCAAUGCUUUGUGGUAUGCCGCAAAAGCUGUGGCCAUGGAACAAAUACGUCGCAGACAUAGCCAUGAAGUGCACGGACUGCUCCCAACAGCGUCUGCUUACAGUCCUCAUUCAACCAGACCGUCUCCGAGCCACGGAUUCCGCCACUCUUUCAGUUCGAUGCAGCAAGACAGGCCUGCUACCCACGAGACACAUCGUGAGCCAUAUUCUCCCAAUACGCCACAAGCGCGUCUCGAGACGAUUCAAGCACUGCUGCUCCUCUGCACCGUCGGGCUUUGGGGCGCCAAGGCAAUCCUGCACGAGGCAUUGUCUCUGCAAAGUUUGCUUGCCAUGUUGGUCCGCGAUGAGGGCCUCUUGCCAGAAUCCACUCAGACGGCCGACUGGGAGUCAUGGAUACGAAUAGAGAGCACCAACCGUGCAAAGCUGGUCACUUACUGCUUCUUCAACCUUUGCAGCAUUGCCUACAAUAUGCCGCCUCUACUCCUGACUUCGGAAUUGAACAUUUACUUACCACAUUCUUCAAAGCUGUGGCGAGCCGAGACGGCGUGGCAAUGGCAAGAGGCUCGUCAUGCAUACCCGAGUAUGGAUAUAUCUUUUCAAGACGCCUUCUCCAGAUUAUUUAGCCGACCACCACAGGGACCACCUGCUUACAUGUCAUCUCUCGGAAACUACGGCCUGAUUCACGCCAUAUUGCAACACAUAUUCUUCCUCAAACAAACGUGCUUCACCUCAGCCCCUUAUGAGGCCCAAAGGGGUUUAAGACCAGACGAUGUCGAGGAUGUGAUGCAGGCACUCAGAAUAUGGCAGAUGAGUUUCGAGCAACAUCAAGCUCGCGUGUCUGACAAUGGCCAACCACUAGUCAGCGAGUCCUUCCCCGGUGGGCCCGUCGCAUACGACUCGACUGCAUUACUGCGACUGGCUUCCAUUCGUCUGUUCACCGACCUCAACCCAAGCCGAACGCUCGAGACGCGGAAUGCUGCCCAGAUAGCAGUAUCUUUUGGAGAAGCGCCGUAUCUGAUACGCAGUGCACGGUUAAACAAGGCCAUCCUGCAGGCUAUUCACGCUCUAUCCAUGUUGGUCAAGUUGGGUGUGAACUAUGUUGCGAGAAGGAAAUCGGCAGAAUGGAGCAUGCAACAUUCUUUGUGUAACCUGGAAUGCGCCAUCUUGCUCUCGAAGUGGUUGAUGACUCUUGCGUCGAUAGGUCCGACUGAUCCUCUACCUUCCCCUGAUGAGCGCAAUCUGCUUGAGAUGCUGCGCAGGAUGCUUGAUGAAACUGAGUUUGCUGUGCCGAUAGACCCCUCUUUAUCCGGGGGUCAGGGUCAUACCUCGAGUAUGGAUAUGACUAUUAAUGAUAGUGUUCGGAUGCGCCAACUGGCUGCGGCAGUCAUUAGAGUAUGGGCGGAAACCUUUAAAGGGUCCCAUAUUUUCGAGAUAGUCAAGGUCAUUGGGAGUGGCCUGGAGGGUUAUGCUGACUUGAUCGAGAAGCCGCGAGAUCGAACACCCCUGGGGAGAAUGGCCCCAAAUCCCGCCCUCGGUUGA